AUGCCGAGCACUAAACGCAAGCGUGUAGACUCCCCAAUGGAAUAUCAGAACACUCUUGCGGCUGUACCGAAACCUACUGGCCCCCUCCAAUCAACGUCACAAGAGCGACCUCUACAGAACGACUAUGUUAUCCAACACGGACCGAUACAUCAUGUACCACAAACGGAAAAGGACUGUCAGAAGCUUGGUGAAUGGGUAGAGACAUUGGACGAAUCCACAGUACGAAGACUUCUGAAGGACGCUGCCACACUCCAUUCCGACAUGUACACCUCAGUCUGGAUAGAGAAACGAAUGGUAGAAUUGGCAGAGACUAAUGCUAGACGCCGUUUGAUAAUGGAAGAACAAGCCAAAGUUCUUGACUUCUCGAAACAGAUUCAAGGAGUUAGCCAUACAAUCAAUCGGAAGUACAACGGGCUGCGCGCGUCCAAGCAGUAUGAAAUGGCACAAGAGGCCGAGGGCGACGUACAAUACUACAUCAAGCAGAUCCACGAUCAGCUUCGACCAGAAACCACACGGUACAACAAGAUCAAAGCUAUCCUGUCUUUAUGCCAGAUUGGAUCCAUCGUGGCCCACGGCGGUGGCUGCGUUGGCGAAGAGGUCAGAAAGAGUAUCGGUCAAUACUCUGAUUUCAUGGAUAAUCUCUGGAAGAUUAUCAAAAAUAUGAACGACUCGGACAAGGAAUACGUGGGCCGACGCGAAGAUCUUAUGAAGACUUUGGAGCGAUUUGACGACGACAGUCAAGGUUUCGACAUUUUCCAAGGUUUCGACAUUUUCCAAGGUUCAGAGAAAGUUGUAUCUUAUUUCAAGCGAGCUGCUGGGGAGCCAGUAGACUCAGACGACGAUGACUACUACGACGGAAACGCCAGUGGAUCUGAAGCCAACACUAUCGAAAAUCUCUGA